AUGCGUCGACUAUUAUUUGGCCUUCUUUUGACAGUAACCUGUUCUGCUCAAUUCUUUAAUGAAGAUAUCGUGAAAUAUGGUCAAACGUUGUUCAACGACUGUACCACAUGUCAUCUAGAGGAAGCUGUGAAGCAGCAUCCUGACCUCAUGGAAACGGUGGUAUCAAAAAUUCCAAUACUUCCCAGUGUGUUUCGAGCAGACGCCUUGAUAAUGGUUAGACGAUGGGAGAAGAAAAUUGUUGAGAGUCCAGCUUCCGAUUGUCGAAAAAUCUGCGAGACGCUGGAGACGAAUACUACGGGAUGCGGUAUGAUUCUCACUUUGAGCGAACAUAUGUCGAAAUUUCUGAUCGCUAUUCAAGAGGAGACUAAGAAAAUUUGCAACGAUGAAAGGAAAUGUCUCGAGCAACAACGUGACAACAUUCUGCUGAUCAGCGCAACAAUCAAGGAUAUCAUUCGUGCUUUGGCCUCAGCGUUUGAUCCUCAAAACCGCUGCGAUGUAGACGGAUCAUCUUCAGCAUUGGGAAAUUUCGAAUUAUCAAAACUCUAUACAAAUGGGCAAUUUCUAAACUGUCAACUAUGCUACUCGUUCUUGCAGUUUCUUGACACUGCCAUAGCCGGUGGCCAGACAAAUACCUCCAAGACGAUCCUUAAUGCGAUCGGUGUAGCAGCUCAGGAUGUUUGUGUCGCCAUAAAUUUACCUGCUCUUCUGCAUCUUCUGGUUCCUGCGCUUGGAGAUCUCCAGUGCACUGUUAUGCCCGAGGUCAUCAUCUUCGUGUUCCAAUUUGUCAUUUCUCCAAAACUCGGCGCAGAAGCUCAGCAAACAUGUUCGGCUCUUUACUCCUACUGCAGUGAUGUGUUCGAUCAAUGA